AUGGACAUGCUCUUUUCCUAUCCAAAAGCUAGUGACUUUAUUAUCACGAAGAAGCUUGUGACUUUUUAUCAUCGAGAAGAGACCAGAAAAGACAUUAUAUACGAUACUAAUAGAGGCAUAGAUUUGCCGUGGUGGAAAUCAGAGUUCAGCACGUAUACAACACAUACGGG